UUACGGUCACAAGUCACAUCUUAAAAAUAAUAAAUAUUCGAUUGUUAUAACAUUCAACGUUUCUUAACAAAAAAAAUCUUUUUGAAUCCUGUAUCACACGCAGUAAAAUGAAAAUAAUAAUUGAUUAAAAUUUUAAUUGUGUCUUUUCUACGAUUAUCUUUUCUUGGGGAAUUCUGAACCAUAUAUCAGUAAUAAAAAUGAGUGAUAAUCAAGAUUCCUCAUCAUCUUUUGAAACUAAAAACCUUAAUGAAGCUCUUGUUAGUAAGGAUGCAGAUAUGGAUGAACAAGUACCUUCUAGAAUGACUGCAUCAUACAGUGAGAUAUCAUUUCAUUCUGAUGGCGGCCAAACUAAUCAAGAAGAUUUAAAGGAACCUGGCCCAUCGAGACCUUAUGAUUUUCCAUUAGGUAAUAGAAAGCAAGAAAAGCUUCCUUUGGAUAGUGGUGGACUAGUCAGAUAUGAAGGAGAUAUGACACACUAUGUUGCUGAUGAUUUAGAAUUAAGAAUAAAAUUAUCAAGUCCAAUCACAAAAAAGGGAGAAACUCCUAUAUUUGGUAGUUCCAGUGCUUCCAGGUCCAGUACUCCGUCUGGGAAGCUUUAUAGACAAAUAUUAGCUCCUCAGAUAGGCCAAAUAGACAUAACAGUAUUAAAUGAUCUCGAAUAUGAAGCUCAAAAGAUAGCACAAUCUGUUGAUAAUUUAAUUGAGAACUUAUCCAGCAUUCUGCAUUCUAAUUCAUCGUUAACGGCAGAGAAUAUGGAAGUCUAUAGAGAUGCCGUUGGUAAAACAUGUGAUGCUAUGGAUAACAAUAUAAAAAGCAUGUAUACCAUACUUGCUAAGGGUGAAGAGGUAUCCCAAGCUAUGGUUCCGGUGCAAGCUCAAGCUGCAAGAAUAGCAGAAAUAAAAAGACUGUUGCAUUUGUUUGAAAGUUACUUCUAAACGUUCAACACUGUUUAUAUUUAUGAAACGAAUAUUAUCUUUGUAUAUUAAUCAGUAAAUAUGUGAAUUCAGUUUGCUAUUGUAACUACUAUGUUACUGGCUACUUCUGCACGAAUAUUUUUUUUAGUAAAGUUAUUUUCAUGUUAAACAAAUUAGUCCUAACUAUAUGAUAAUAAAUCAUAAUUGUAGACACACUGUAACUUAAAAGCCAAAAAAUUUCUUAUAAAAUAUUAAAAAUUGUUUAUUAAAUAUAAGUAAUUUAAUUUAUGAUCAUGUAUAGUCAAGUAAUAAAUAACUUAGUAUUUUUUAUUUCA